CACACGACAUGACUACCCCCGCGACGGAAGCGCUAUCUGAUUACCCGCACGAGAAGUCGCCCGACGACGAGGGCGGGGUAGACGGCGCCUCGACCGCCCCGCCGCCCGAGAUCCCGACCCGCGUGCGCGUCACGGCCGUGUGCCUCAUCAUCCUCUUCUUCACUGGUGUCCAGUUCGCCGAGAGCGUCAUUCUGCCGCUUAAGACGCUGCUGAAGAAGGAGCUCAAGAUCAACAAUGCGCAGUACGGCGUCGUGUCGAGCGCGAGCAGCGUCGUCAACACGGUGCUGCCUAUCAUUGGCGGUGGGCUCAUGGACCGGUGGGGCGGCAAGCGUGUCGCGCUCGUUUCCUCGUUCAUCGUCACCCUUGGGUCUGUCCUGGCCGCCAUAUCCUCCGUGCACAACAACUACAGCCUCUUGGUCGGCGGUGAGAUCCUGCUCGGAUUCGGAAGCACAGUGUCCGAGGUGUGCCAGUACAAGCUGUACCCGCACUACGUGAGCGGUCGGCACAUGGCGCUCGUGUUCGGCUUGACUCUGGCGUGGAAUCGCCUGAUUUCUGUCAUUGCAAAGGUUGCCGCGGUGCCCAUGACGCAGCUCGACCACCACUGGGGGUGGGCGCUGUGGAUCAGCGCGAUCCUGUGCGCGUUCAGCUUUGGCAGCGUCGUCGCAUAUGCUCUGUACGAGCGGUCUCUGCCCAAGGAGUAUCGCCCGCCGUCUAGUAGGAACAAGAAGCAGAACUUGGUGCAGCUCACUGGCAUCCCGCUCGUGCUGCAGCUGCCCAAGUUCUACUGGAUCAUGAACGCCACACAGAUGCUCCAGCACGGCGUGUGGGCUGUCUACAACGCCAACGUCGCCGACAUGCAGGUCAAGACGCGCGGCACGACGCAAGAAGCGGCGGGGUACAACUCGUCUCUGCAGUCCGUCAUUCCGGUAGUCCUCACGCCCGUCGCGGGCUUCUUCUUCGACCGCGUGGGACACCGCAUGACCUUUGUGUCCCUCACCGCAGCCCUCUACAUCGUCGUGUUCGUCCUCAUUGGCCUGACGAAAGUCAACGCCCUCGCGCCCAUCAUCCUCUCGUCCUUCGCGUACGUCACCAACCUGCUGCCGUACUUCGCCGCCCUGCCGAUCCUGAUCGACGGGACCGAGCUGCUCGGCACAGCGUUUGGCGUGUUCCAGGCGUUUGCGAACAGCGGCAGUUUGAUCAUGAACGUGGCGGUGGGCGCGAUCCAGGACAACACCCCGCACCAAAAGUACGACCGCGUCAUCUACCUCCUCAUCGCGCUCAAGGUCGUCGACGUCGUCUUGGGCCCAGUGUACAUCUACCUCGACCGCCGGUGGCUCCGCGGCAGUCUCCAGCUGCCCGAGCGCACGCGCGUGGCCAUCCUCGACGAGGUGCACGCCGAGGGCGAUACGCUCGAGGGGCUCAAGACGAGCAAGCUCACCACGGCGGUGUGCGGCGGCAUCCUCAUCGCCAUGACGAUAACAGGCAUCACCAUCUACGUCAUCUACUCGCUCGGCGCGAGCGACUCGUAGCCUUCCUUCCUUCACCC